GCCGGGAGGGCUUUAGGACCCGGCGCGGGUCUCCCGGCCCCGGCGCGUCCCGGUCCCCGGAGCCGCGGGCGGAGAGGCUUGAAUGAGAGGCUGGAGGGGAUCGCGCCUGAAAGGGCUCGCGGUGGAAUAGCUCCGCCGUCGCCAGGCAACCGCCCUGACGCAACGCAAAAAAAAAAAGUCCCUUAAAAAAAAAGAAUAGUGCUGAGAAUUCACAGGAGCAAGAGAGAAAGGGAGGCAGAAGCCGGCUCAGCCCCGAAGCUGGGGCCAGAGGCUGCCGGGCGCGGAGCCCGCGUCGAAAGGAGGAGGCGGGGACCUGGGUGACACCCUUGGAAGGGGCCUCCGGGUGCCCCGGGAAGGGGUGGACAUGGAAGCUUCGAAUGAUGAGGUGAGCUGCAUCUGUUAGCACAGGACUUUGCAAACCGAGUUUCACCGGGAGAAACGGCUGAGAGAACUCGGAGCAUGGCGCCCACAGGCCCCCGGGAAGCAUCUUAAACCCUGAACGCCCGCAGCUGCUCCAUUGGACACUCUGCAGCUCGUCCUCCGUCCCUCUGGACCCUCCAGGAGCUGCUCCCUUCCUAGCGAUGCCCUCGGGAGCCUUGGCCCCAGCUGGAUGAGACCGUUCCAGAGCGGGACCGACCUCGCCACCCACCAAGACUCCCACGCCCCCCUCCACCACCUCCCAUGUCUGGCUGCCCUGGGCAGACUCUAGAAUGUCUGUGCCCCAGAUCCAAGUAGAAGAAGCAGAAAGCGGGGAAGAAGGGCCGGCAGGAGCAGCCCCGCCUCCUGACGACCACCUCCGGAGCCUGAAGGCCCUCACCGAGAAACUGAGGCUGGAGACCCGCAGGCCCUCCUACCUGGAAUGGCAGGCCAGGCUGGAGGAGCAGACGUGGUCCUUCCCGCGGCCGGCUGCCGAGCAGGGCGGCUGUGCGGAGGAGGAGCCCCUGCUCCCCCCGAGAGCGCCCAGGCAGCGUCCCCCACCCAGCGGGAGAGCCAGCCAGGCCGGCGGGCCCCAGUCCGCGGGCAAGCUGGAGGGCUUUGAGAGUAUCGACGAGGCUAUCGCCUGGCUCAGGAAGGAACUGAUGGAGAUGCGGCUGCAGGACCAGCAGCUGGCCCGGCAGCUCAUGCGCCUGCGCAGUGACAUCCACAAGCUGAAGAUCGAGCAGACGUGCGACCUCCACCGGAGGAUGCUUAACGACGCCACCUACGGGCUGGAGGAGCGGGACGAGCUGUCCGACCUCUUCUGCGACGCCCCGCUCGCCUCCUCCUUCAGUCUCUCCGCGCCACUCAAGCUCAUUGGGGUCACCAAGAUGAACAUCAACUCCCGCAGGUUUUCUCUGUGCUGAGAAGCCCUGGAAGGAGCGGAGGAGCCAGAACGAGGGUUUUAGGGGCGGGCGGGGGGCGUGGAGAGCUUAGGCCCAGCUACCUACGUGGGUCUCCCUGGAGGUGGGGGGUCCCCAGGACCUGUCGGCAGGUGUUUUGGGGGGCCCAGCUGUGGAGCCCAGUGUCCCCAUGCCUGGCUCUGGUUUAAUACCAAGAGAGUCCCGCAGAAGGGCUACAACCUCUGAUGUUCAGUGAGGCCAGGUCCCCAGCACGGCACAUCUCACCCUCCCCUCGUGACCCGCAUUCCUGUUUCCUAGAAUCAUUGGUGCUAUGACCUGGGAACCCAAAGGAGGGCCCCCAAAGCUGUGAUUCUUGCGGAAAGCUUCCCCAAGGGCACCAAACCCCAAGGGGGAGGUGAUCAGAUAUGUGCCAGCUCACUGUGCCAGCCUUUAAGUACUGGCUCGAGUUCACCCUAAGCGGGUGACUCAGCCAGCUCGACGGGGACCCGCCAGGACAGAGCUAACACAUGGAGUGUGGGAGCCAGGCCCCAAAGCCACAGUCAUUGCUGCCCCCACCCUCACCGUGAGGUCUUGGCUCUGGCCCUAGAGGUGCCAUGUUAAGUGUUUCCAGAGUGUGUGGUCACACCAGUGUGACCAAGGGUGGAGCCGGCACAGCUGCCCUCUGCUGCCUACUCUGGCCACAUGCACAAGUCCCAACCUCCAAAGAGCCCCCUUCCUGCCACCCACAACCCCGGGGAGCAGGUUUCCCGGGGCCAGCAGAGGUCUCCUGCUGGACUCCAACGGUGUCCCCACCGGCACCUUCGUGCCCUCCCCAGACACUCGCCCUGAGCCACCUCUUGAGAUUCUGUGCCUGACUCAAACAACUGAUUUUAAUUGAAUCAGACUUACAAAUCUGUUGCUAACUUGUUAAUAACCGUUUGAUUUUUGUCCAAAUGGCGAAGCCAGUGGGUAGGUCAAGUCAGAGGUUCAGGUUUGAUUUUUAAAGGUUCUCCCAAAAGACAGGUGCGAGGAUUAGCAAGGUGAGAAGUGAGACCUUGACAGGUUGGGGGGGGGGGGUUGACCCUUGACCUAGCUAGUCAAGCCCUCUGGUUCAUAAAUAGAGUGAGACCAGGGGAGAGCAGCCUCCCUCACGCUCCACAGCUCUUUAGUGGCUACAGAAUAUUGAUGUGUUAAAUCAUUAUGAAUGAGGCCUACACAGAUCACGUAUCAAUGAUCUUGAACUCCAAAGAUGGUACAAAUGCUUUGCCAAACCCACGAGCUGCCAACCCACCCAGCCUCCACCUCAGUCAGCCCCGCCCCCUCCUGAGUUACAGUUCCCACCACCAGUCACAGUUCCGCAGUUGAGUGAGGUGUCCUGCUGCUCUUUCAUGCUUUGUCUUCCUGUAUAAGGUUGCUGGGGCCCAUGCACACUGACACACACACACACACACACACACACACACACGCCACGAUCCACACUGGGAAAAGUGGGAGGGUAUAAAUGACCGGUCCCUAGUUAGACAGAAAAGAAUUUGGUGUUUCCUUGUGAUUUCAAAGAGCCGAAGGGUUUAUGCUUCCUCCAAAGGGAUAACCACAUAGCCAAGAUUUAUUUUGGGCCUGACUCGAAGCAGUGCAGAAGUGGCAGAAGUCUGAGGGUUCGUCCCCAGGGAAGGCCUCAGUGGAAGGCCACGCUCGCCUCAGGCCUGUUCCCCCUCAGGCAGGGAGGAAGGAGAUUUUCUCUGCCUGGUGAUCUCUCUCCUCAGGAUUACGGACGAGCACUGCCGGGUCCCCCAGAGGCGUGGCUGCACGCUUCUUUGAGAAGAGUCUCUGGUCGUGGGCGCUCAGGCUGGCCUGCACACACUC